CUUAACUGGCUGCUGCAGAAAAUCCACAUGACAGUGGUCGCCCCUACUCUCAGGAAUAAUUUAUACCGAGUUUCUGGUGGAGUGUUUCUAAGGAAAACCAUCUGGUAGAUUUUUGUACACUGUUACUGCCGUCAGGGGGGAAAAUGUAUUUUGAUGGAGAAGCCAACCCUGCUGACCUGCGGUACUUCACCUGGCUGGUUCUUCUGGCCCAGCUUUUUGGAGUAAUGGCUGUUGUUUUGGUUGCUGUAUGGAUGGGUCACUUUCAGAAUGGGUUUGCUUGGCAGUCUAACCCUGAACUUGAGUUCAACUACCAUCCUCUGUUUAUGGUCAUUGGUAUGAUCUUCUUAUAUGCUGAUGGUAUUCUUGCCUAUCGAGUGUUCCGCAAUGACAGGAAGAUCUACAUCAAGGUUCUUCAUGCUUGCAUGCAUGCUGCAGCACUCAUUUUUUCAGCAGUAGGACUCAAAGCAGUCUUUGAUUCUCACAAUUUGCUUGGAGUUGCUAACCUGUACACCCUGCACAGCUGGGUUGGGCUGUUUACUGUUGUUGCGUUUGGUUUGCAGUGGAUUCUAGGGUUCACAUCUUAUUUAAUCCCAGUGGUGGGCAUGGCAGCAAAACGAUUUUAUAUGCCAUACCACAGGUUCUGGGGUUCUACUCUUCUGGCUUUGGCAGGAGCUACAGCCCUGAUGGGCAUUACUGAAAAAGCCGCUUGGAAAUUGCCUGAUGAAUGGAAAGCACGUACAACACAAGCAUACAUAAUCAACUUCCUUGGUAUCUUUAUCAUAGCAUUCAUCGUCCUGGUCAUUUAUUUGGUCACCAAACCUGACUACCGUCGUGUCCCUGCCCCAGAAGAGGACCACAUCCAGCUGGCUGAAUGAGUGACCUGUCUUGUACAUUUCUAGCAUCAGACUGAGCUGACAGAAUCCAGCAAAGUCCUUUUUCAGUUUACUGGUUUCUGACCAACCACCAGCUUCAGAAUCUUGUUUUGGUUUCCAAUUGCCUGCUGGCGUUAUCAGGUGUUAGAAGGAGUGUACUGCUACCUAAUGGGGCAAGUGCUGCUUACUGUUGUUUCUUAUAAUUAACUGGAUUUUUCUUUGACCUUCAGCUUUAGAAGUUUCCAAGCAAUGCAUAGAGCAACAGCAAAAAUGAAAGAAGGGUAGUCUCAAAAUAUAUUGGGUAUGUUUGGAAUCUCCUGGAAGUUAAAUACUCAGCUGGAAGAGUAUUUCCUGGGAAGUAUGCAUAUGAAGAAAAAGUUUAUAAGAAGAGUAUGAAGAAUUUAUGUAUACAAGAAAUUAGGUACAACAGUAAUACUGGUGCUGUGUCCAUUAUAAGUGUAGCGAUCAGCUGCACCUUCAGUCCGUGACUCCAUGCUUAAGCAGUAAAAAGGGUUGUAGAUAAAAGGACAUUUGCCAUAUGUAUCCAUGUACAUAAUGUAAUCUUUUAACAUCCAAAAGGUAAAUGCUGGCUAAAACUUGUGUCCAGACUGCUUAUGAAUAAUAAUACAUAUGCCAAAUAUUUUUUUCUGUCUUAUAACACCGUGAGACUAUCAUUAUACAAAACUAUACAAGAUCACUCUCAUAUUCCAGUUUUGUAAUGGAGUGAAAUAAAGGCAUCCGUUAUUUGUUAUCAGAUUUCUAUAAAGAAAUUUAUGAUAAGCAUGUUGAUGUUAAAAUAUAAUCGGUUAAUUUAUUUUAGAGAUGGAGAAUGUAUACACAAACUUGCUGCUCGAGGCUCACCAUUCCGUUGAUAGCUUCUGGUCCCCAGCAGCUUUUCCUCUGUAUGUUUUGACAGCACCAUCUUUGUUUUAGUUUAUUGAAGGAAGAAUUCAUCUUUUUUCCCCUAAUAGAAUAUUUUUGAAAAAUAAACAGGGGCUUUCAGAAAAUAAUUGCUACUGGUAUUUAAGAAGAAACAUACUUUUUACAGAUCUAUAUGCUUCCUUUCAUUCAGUCAGAAGUAUUUUGAGGUUUGGUUUGGGCUUUUUUUUGUUGUUGUUUUUUUUGAACAUACCAAAAUAUGAAAAGUCAACUGUUUUGAGUUAUAAGUUAUCUUCUUCGUACAGACAUAUCUGAUCUCAGAUUUCUGUUAAUUUGUAGCACUGGAGAUCGAGGACAGGAUGUGCCAUUUUGAACUUGUAUAGCUCACUUCAUUGUUUUGCUUUACUUACAUUGAGCUUUUUAACCUGAUGGUAAAAGUUAAUUGCUACUGUGCUUGUUACCUAAAACGUCAUCUAUAGUCCCCUUUCAACAUCUCAAAUCUUGCUAUCGCUCUUGUUACCUUAAAAUACUGUGAUGUAAACCAUUGAUAGCCAGCUUUGUUAGACCACGUUUGUAUUGUGAUGUUUGUAAUUUUUGCUUCUGCCAGUGUUUUUGCGUCUGUUAAUGACUGAUUAUUAGUGUUUCUGUCAUUUAGGGGAAGUGUACAAGUUAAAACUACAUAUGACAAAUUUGAAGACUUUUUUUUUUCUAUCUUUCUCACAUUCUUACUGAUCCUACCUUGGCAUCUUAAGCAUAAUUGUGUAAUAUCUAAACUUAAGCUGUUUGCAAAGAGUUUUAAGCUAAUAAUUACAUCCGCAAUCGUUUGGAAUAAAGGGAAAAACAAUUCUUUGCAUUUCUUAAGAAAGCCAUUAGAGAAAAAUCCAUAUUUUUAAAAGUUGUUUACAUCUAGCUAUUUUUUUCUUGCUGGUGCUUUUCUUUUUGAUGGAUUGGAGUCUUGUGUAUAAGAAAUUACACAAUUUGAUGAAAUCUGUGCACAUCAUAAAUCGCAUGUUAUGUUUGUGGCUUUAUUUUCUUUGAUAAUUUCACUGGUCAGCAAGUUUUGUGAACAGUUAUUAUCAAAUGUUCUGAAAUUCAUGCAGGUACCUUUAUAACCAGGAACAGAUCAGAUAAUUUUUUAUAUUUAGUUUCCCAUUAUAGAUGAUUGACUAUUGUUGUAGAUUAUAAAUUUUUUCAAUAUUUUGUCUUCUUCACAGCAUUAUUAAGCCCAAAUAUGUAUACAUGAAGAGUGUCGGAUAGUGGCAGUAACUGAAUCUCUUUGUCUCCACAGCGGCAACAUGUCAACCUUUUUCACAUCUUUUUUUGAUUACUGCCAAAGAACAGGUCCUACGCACUUCUUGUAUUUCUAAUGGGCCUUGUUAUUUCCACUUUCUCUCAGCUAGAGAGCUGUUCAAACAUUCCAGUUGUAUAUUUAAAAUAAAUUUUCUUAUUUAGUCUGUACACAAGAUCACAUUGUUUGGGGAUAUAAUAGUAUUUAUAACUUUGUGUUUAAGUUCAUGUGGAUAUGACAUGAAGACAAAAUUUUUUCAUGUUAUGUUAUUUCACUUUUCACUCAUAUGUUUUACAUCAUCUUUUGUACAGUACAUCUAUCAAAACUCAUUUGUCCAAUUUUCUGCAAUAUCAAACUGCUCAAGUUUUUAAUUUUAUGUGCGUGCAAAUCACUCAGUCAUCCCUUCACUGCUACUGGUUGUUGGGGGGGUGGGGUGUCACAUGGAUAGAUGUAGUAAGGAGGCCCGCCACUUGUACCUGUCUUGGGCAUUAGUGCACAAGUCCUGCACAAGAUGAUCGGUCCACUCCUUCAUGUUUGUAAGCCAGUUCUUCGUUUGGCUUCUGAAGCAUUGACCAACCUCCAAGGUAUCUUGAAGGAGGUUUCUUUUGCUUUCAAUAUCCAUGGUCCUAUCUCUGGGUUUUUAUGCUUGGUGGCAACCAUCUGCCUCUCCAAGGGAACCACAGCCAAUGGAUCAGCCUGGUUGCAAACAUGCAGGGACUAGGCAAUGGGCCCUGUCAGUCCUUUUGUUGCUGAUGCCAUGUUAGCAGCAGUUUUCUGUAGGGUUUUCUCCCUUUGUCUUUUUCUUUUCCAAGAUUGCCCACAAGGCAAGGGGACCAUUUUCCCUUGGAUAGGGUGUUGGUAGCAUGGGGAAUGAUGACAAAACAACCACAUGGCUUCCUAAACUAAUCAUAGAUUUGAAAAUUAAGAGGCCUAGAAAAGGAUUCUUGUAUUUAUGUCAUAAAAAAUAAACUUAGAAAAAAGAACAAAACCUAUGGAAUAAAAGUGUAUGAGAUAAACUUAUUUUGCCAUCUGUUUGCAAUGCCUGGUUUUAAGAGAAAUUAACUAUCAAUAUUUAAUUAACAGCUAGAAGAACCAGUAACACAUCGCUCAGUUGUUGUGUUUCAAUGUGUAUUGUAUAUAUGUAUCCCUCCUGUGUUUCAAUAUAUAUAUAAUUAGGUGCUAAAGUAAUGUUACUGCGUUGUUGUUUAUUCAAUUUGUGCCAAUGAAUGUUAUAAAAUAAGGUAAAGGUCUCCCUACGCUUUUGGUCAUUGGGAGUGAGGUGUUAGAGACCACACCUUUCUCGGGACCAGCUUUUGUUGAGAGUGUGUCCAUUUAUUUCUCACUCACUGUCUUACCUUUCUGAAAGCUUCAAGAAAUCAUGUACCCAUUUAGCAGCUGGGUUGAACAAGGGGAAAGUUUGCUGCACUAUGUGGACGUCAAAUGGGCUUGUAUGUACCCCAAGGUUUGGACACCUUGCUACAACCACCCGGCUAUUUUCUCUCCUAAUGAAUGUUUGUCACAAGAAGGUGAAUAGCACAGAGAUAUCUUCAGCAGGUUAUACAUCAGCUCUUAAAAAAGUCAUUCAGAUUCACAUAGAUUUUCAUGCAUGGCUAACUGUAGAGCAGAAGCCGCAGGUUUGAAGCUGAGAAAUUAUGCCUGCCCACUCAACAGCUGCCCAGUCGGAAUGGAUAAAUGAUUUAUCAGAGAAAGAGAAGGCAUCAGGAGAAGGUUGGGUGCCGUCUCCCACAUGCUGUGCCAUAGACAGGCUAAACAGCUAAUGCUCAUCACCCCUGUGGCCACUUGACUGUAAGACCUUUUACCUUUACUUGAAGACAGAUGUUUUGUGCAUAUCUUGUAUGCUGUUCCUCAUUUUAAAGUACACAGUCCUUACCAUCACUCUCUUUCUCUCUGUCACUUAACUGUGGCCAGUCGUGGGGAAACAUGAUGAGGCACAACAAUGGUGAAGGCAUGCCAGUGGGACCUAUCCUGGCGCCCCUUUAAGUAGGUCCCCUAUCUGGCGGACAGUCCACCACCCCUUCUCUCACACACACACAAACAUGCAAUUAGAUUCUUAUUGUAGUAUCUCCCUUUUUUCUGAUACCUAUACAGUCUCCAACACUUGUGUGGAAAACAUGCAUGCACCAUAUGAACAAAUGCAAGUACACACAUAUACUUUACCUUGGAUAUUUUGUGUGGUACCUGUGUCUGGAAAUAAAUGACAAUCUUGGAA